AUUUUUAUAUUAAAUUUGUGUGAGUGUUGUUUUCGAUGUGUUAUUGUUAAUUUUGUGUGAAUGUGUGAUACGACGCUUUUUCUAUUUUUUUAAUUACAAUUGAGUUAAAGCUUAAAAUACUAGUUUUUUCUGUGUAAGAAGCAAACAAGACUAUGGGCAAUAUUCACACUGUAGGACCUAAUGAAGCGCUGAUUGUAUCAGGCGGUUGCUUCGGCUCCACUCAGAAGCGCACCAUCGUGGGCGGCUGGGCGUGGGCCUGGUGGCUCGUUACCGACGUGCAGCGUAUCUCCCUUGAGGUUAUGACACUAAACCCCAUGUGUGAGUACGUCGAGACGGCCCAGGGGGUGCCGCUCACGGUCACUGGAGUGGCGCAGUGCAAGAUCAUGAACGAGGACGAGCUCCUCACGACGGCCUGCGAACAGUUCCUGGGGAAGUCGGUGAAGGAGAUCAAGAUGACGGUACUGCAAACGUUGGAAGGCCAUUUGCGCGCUAUAUUGGGAACGCUUACAGUAGAAGAGGUGUACAAAGACAGAGAUCAGUUCGCGGGGCUGGUGCGCGAGGUGGCGGCGCCGGACGUCGGCCGGAUGGGCAUAGAGAUCCUCUCGUUCACGAUCAAGGACGUGUACGAUGACGUGCAGUACCUGGCCAGCUUGGGGAAGGCGCAGACGGCGGCGGUGAAAAGGGACGCUGAUGUGGGCGUCGCGCAAGCCAAUAGAGACGCUGGUAUACGGGAAGCUGAAUGUGAAAAGAAUUCGAUGGACGUCAAAUACGCGAUGGACACGAAGAUCGAAGACAACGCGCGGUUGUUUAAGCUACAGAAGGCGCACUUCGACCAGGAAGUAAACACUGCUAAAGCCGAAGCGGCGCUGGCGUACGAAUUGCAAGCCGCAAAAAUUAAACAGAAAAUACGAAACGAAGAAAUACAGAUCGAGGUUGUGGAGCGUCGGAAACAGAUUGAGGUAGAACAACAAGAGAUUAUGCGUCGCGAGGAAGAAUUGAAAUCUACAGUUCGUCUACCAGCUGAGGCUGAGGCCUACCGUCUACAAGCUAUCGCUGAAGGCAAACGGACACAAACUGUGGAAGCGGCCAAAGCGGACGCGGAGAGGAUCAAGGUUCUGGGUCUGGCCGAGGCGACCGCCAUCGGUGACGUGGGCAAGGCGGACGCGGAGCGCAUGCUCGCCAAGGCCAAGGUCUACAAGCAGUACGGGGACGCCGCCAUCAUGGCCCUCGUGUUGGAGGCUUUGCCAAAGAUUGCGGCAGAGGUGUCCGCGCCGCUCGCGAAGACGGACGAGAUAGUGCUGGUGGGCGACAGCGGCGCCACGGGCGAGGUGGCGCGCCUCGCCGGCGGCAUCCCGCCCGCCGUGCGCUCGCUCACCGGCCUCGACCUCAACCAGGUGCUGCAGCGCCUGCACCCGCGUCCAGAUGAGUCUCCACUGGCUGCUGCCAGCAAGAAGAAAGAAGUGACAGCUUGCUAAAUUAUUUAUAACAAUAAUUUGUAGCACUCGAAUGUAAUCCAAUGCACAAUAUUGUUUGUUAUCUUUUUUAUUUUUACGAUGUGUUUGUUUUAUUUAAUUCAGAGGUAUAUUCGAGUACAAAAUACUCCAGCACAACAUAUCUAUAAUAUAUUUUUUUAUUUUAACGCAUAAGUCAUCCACCGAUAUCAUAUUUUAAGUGACUUUAAGUAUGUUUGACCAAAGUAUAACUUUGCAACGUUUAAUUAUCCCAUUUAUUCAGUUGUAGUGAUUUUUUCGUUAGAAAACAAUUCCAAAAUUCAAUGUUUAAAUCUCGGAGAAUUGAUAAAUGUGCAUAUUAUUUUAUUUUUAUUUAAUAAGGUAAGGCAUGCUCCACUUUAAAAAUAUUUUUAUACGAACAAAGAAUAUAUAGAAUGUAUGAGUAAGAUAGAUAAUAUCUCAUUUUCUAUACAACAUAUUCGUC